AUGUCUAAAGUACUUCGAUUUGCACCAGCUGUAAAAGAAUUACGUUUGCAUUUAUGUCAAAAAUCACCAACAAGUGAAGGUACACGUCAAUUUAUUGAAAAAUUUUACGUUAAUUUAAAACAACAAAAUCCAUCAACACCAAUACUCAUUCGAGAAUGUUCAAAUAUAAAUCCAACAUUAUGGACACGAUAUGAAUAUGGAAUUGAAAAACAAAUUCCAUUAACUGGCAUGAAUGCUGAACAAGUGUUUAAUGCUAUUGAAAAUUUAACAACUAAAACGAUUCCAAUAAGUUCAAAUCGUUUGUCGAAAUAA